AUGGGCAAGACUAGAGCCGAGUACCAAAAGGAGUAUCGAGAAAGGAAGAAGCUUCAAGAUAAAGAUUUUCUGAAGAGAGAAAGGCAACGAACUAAGCAGUAUAAGUUACCUAUAAACGCUCUAGAUAAAGAUAAACAAAAUGAACUUAGAGAGAAAAACAGGCUAUGGAAAAGACAAAGUAGAGAAAGAAAAAAGAAUAAAAUACAACAAGAGAAAGAUCGAGAACGAGAGGAAAAUACCCAAAACUGUGAGACACAAACAAAUAGCCAUGAAGAGCAUUAUUCUGAACGGACAACAAGAAACAAAAGUAGUCAAUCAAUGAUGGUAAAAAUGAGUUUUGAGCCCAGGAAACGAUCACAGAAGAGAUCUAAAGCUCUAAGAAAAGCAUCAAGAACGAUUGAGACUCUGGAAGAAAAAAUGAGCAAGCUUACCAGAGAAAACAAAAAGCUUCGGAAGCGACAUGAAAGAGCUACAAAAGCAAAUCAGAAAGCAGUAAAAAGUACUCCUACACAAAAUGAACAAACAGCAAGCACACCGAAAUCAAAAGCAAACCGAGAGAUACGUGAACUUGGACUUACCCCAAGAAAGGUACCAACUAAGAUAAAAAGGAAGUUUAUAAUGGCUAAUGCUAUGAUUGCUGAAGUACAAUCUACAAGAAGAAGAAUAAAACCCAAAAGAAAAGAAGAGUUGUUGCCAAUAUAG